AACCCCAACGCGGUGGUAGGGUAUCUCAAAACGUUAUACGGAUUUAUUUGUGAAGGUUGUCAGAAUUUCGUCAACAAACAAAGGGAAAGAUCGGUGCGUUCGGAGUCGUAUCUUCUUAUCGACAGAUAAGCUGUAUAAAGUAAACAGCCGAAGAGCCGAGUGAUGCGAAUCAAAGUGUCGCGGAGUGUUUGGUGUGGUGGCAGUAGCAGAAAACUAAGGGGGGAUGAAGAGAAGACAUCGAAUGGAAUGAGAAGGAAGAAAAGAGAGAUAGCGAUAGAGAGAGAGAAAGCGUUUGUUUAUCGCCCCUCGGCCCCUUGCCGUUUGUACGAGCAGUCAGUGCCGUGUAACACUUGGCUCGAAGUGGUCGGGGAGAUCGGUAGCUGGGUCUCUUAAAAUUCGGUAUAUUAAUUUGACAAUUACAAACUCGCGUGUGAUUAAUAAUUUGUGUUUUAUAUCAACCGGGGGGGCUUCUACCACGUGAUAUACUUGGCAAAAUUUCAAAAUAAAACCAACACAUGAUCCCGAAGGCUCGAACGUGAAAAACCAACAGAACCUCAACAUCCUGUCGGAAUACCAUGUCACGGAUAAAUACGGAAAAUAGAUAACCGGGCUCCGAUUGGGACACCGCUAAUCAUCGUCAUUUUUUCCUAUUUAUAUUAAAUUCGUCGACGUUUGACAACCCCCAACAACGGCUAAGAGAUUCGUCCCGUUCAUCAUCACGAUCGUACGUCUCCGGGAAUACUUUUGAAUGAAAGAAAAGGAAACAAAUCGUCGUUCAGUACCGUUAAUCAAACAAGGAUCCACAUCGAGCGUCGAGAUAGUGGCAACCGUAUAUCAGUGUCCCUCCGGUAGUAUCGCGUAAACCUGGUUUGAAGAAAAAGUUUCUUAAACCCGAAGCAAUAACCGGAAUCGGUCAUAAGGAGGCCCGAUAUCUCAUGUCCGAAAAUUACGAGUGACCGCGAUAUUCGUAUACCCGAAAGGCAGAAAAAAAAUCAGUGAUAUACAUAGAUCCUUAUUAUUAUUAUUAUUUUUUUUCAUCUACGUAUAUAUUCAAAUUUGGUAAACACACGAUGAAUCCUACCGCUGUUUUUUUGUGCCUCGGAAUUCUACUGGCUGUGUCAGCAUCUCCUGGACCUAAACCAAGGACCGAUAAUAGACCACCAAUAAUUUACAUGAACCAAUUCGCCGUACAUAUCCCAGAUGGUCCGGAGGUCGCCGCUAAAGUUGCCGACAAACACGGAUUCGACAAUCACGGACAGCUUGGAUCUCUCAAAGGAUACUAUCUAUUUUCGCACAAACACGUUCACAAACGAUCCGUAACAACGAGUGAUCAUCACCACAAAGCCCUCAAUGACGAACCGAAGGUACAUUGGUUUCAGCAGCAGCACGAGAAAAAACGAAAGAAAAGGGACUUCAGCGCGCCCUUGUUCAGUUAUAGCGAUUACCCAGCAUUUUCCGACGACUAUAACCCCAGGCAGAAACAACAGUAUCAUCAGCAAAAAAAUCGCGGAGUCGGUUUGCAGUUCCCUUUCAUAGAUCCACUGUACAAGGAGCAGUGGUACUUGAACGGAGGAGCGAAGGAUGGCUACGAUAUGAACAUCGGUCCGGCAUGGCAGAAGGGGUAUACCGGCAAAGGAGUGGUCGUUUCAAUCCUCGACGAUGGCAUCCAGACGAAUCAUCCAGAUCUAGCUCUGAACUACGACCAUGAAGCGAGUACCGAUAUAAACGAUAACGAUUCGGAUCCCAUGCCUCGGGAUAACGGUGACAACAAACACGGUACCAGAUGUGCCGGGGAAGUUGCCGCUGUCGCUUUCAAUAAUUAUUGCGGAGUUGGCGUCGCUUAUAACUCGAGCAUCGGAGGUGUCCGAAUGCUCGACGGUCCCGUGAAUGACGCUGUUGAGGCCAGAGCUUUGGGUUUGAAUCCGGAACAUAUCGAUAUCUACAGCGCCUCGUGGGGUCCUGAAGAUGAUGGAAAGACCGUUGACGGUCCGGGACCGUUAGCCAGACGCGCUUUCAUCUACGGUGUUACAAGUGGUCGUAGUGGGAAGGGUUCGAUAUUUGUGUGGGCAUCGGGAAACGGGGGAAGGCACACAGAUUCUUGUAACUGCGACGGUUACACAAACAGUAUUUUCACCUUGUCCAUAUCAAGCGCGACGCAGGGUGGUUACAAACCGUGGUAUUUAGAAGAAUGCAGUUCGACGCUGGCGUCGACAUAUUCCUCAGGGACACCCGGAAAUGAUAAAAGCGUCGCGACGGUUGAUAUGGACGCAAAACUCCGUCCGGAUCACAUCUGCACCGUUGAACAUACGGGGACUUCAGCUUCGGCACCCUUGGCCGCGGGAAUCGCGGCUUUAGCUUUAGAAGCGAAUCCCAGCCUCGGUUGGAGGGACAUGCAGUACCUCGUCGUCCUUUCCUCCAGAUCUGGUCCGCUCGAAAAGGAACCGGGAUGGAUACUGAACGGCGUUAAAAGGAAAGUUUCGCACAAGUUUGGGUAUGGUCUCAUGGACGCUGGAGCGAUGGUUAGCCUAGCUGAACAAUGGACGAAUGUCCCACCUCAACAUAUAUGCAAAUCCCAAGAGAUCAACGAGGAGAGAUCCAUCGAAGCCACUCCCGGAUAUACUCUGAGCGUUCACAUGGACGUGAGCGGAUGUGCCGGAACACUGAACGAAGUUCGGUUUCUCGAGCAUGUACAGUGCAAGGUCUCGUUGAGAUUUUUCCCUCGAGGUAACUUGCGACUACUUCUGACCUCGCCAAUGGGUACAACGUCCACUUUACUAUUUGAAAGACCGAGAGAUGUUCUGAGCGCGAACUUCGACGACUGGCCAUUCCUCAGUGUUCAUUUCUGGGGAGAGAAGGCUGACGGAAGGUGGACCCUACAGAUUCUCAAUGCAGGAAAUAGGCGCGUCAAUACACCAGGAGUCCUGAAGAAAUGGCAGCUUAUAUUUUAUGGAACGGCUACCAACCCUAUUAGGAUUCGGACGCAGCAGUUUAACCCGGUACAAGCACACCCAGCCCUAUCUUCCUUCUCACAAACCCGCCCGUCCCAGGGUUUCUACAAUUCCGACUUCUUUGGCGUCUCUGCGUUUCAGAACUAUCAGGGAGCGUUCACCGGGUCCGCAUCGAACGUCGAGGAGUCUGUUGCCAAUCUCGAUGGCUCCGCUGCUUCGAUCAUUUUGACCAAUCAGUUGUCGAAUGAUAUCACAUCCAAUAACAAUCGUCUCGUUAAUCACAACUGCGAUCCACAGUGCGAUCAACAGGGCUGCUACGGCGAAGGACCGACCCAAUGCAUCGCCUGCAAAAACUACCGACUUGACAACACCUGCGUAAGUCGGUGUCCUCCAAGAAGCUUCCCAAAUCAAGGUGAAGUUUGCUGGCCCUGUCACGAAUCCUGCGAGACUUGCGCUGGCGCAGGACAAGACUCUUGUCUUUCCUGUGCUCCAGCACACUUGAGGGUAACGGAUCUCGCCGUUUGUCUCCAACAGUGCCCAGAGGGAUAUUACGAGAAUGCUGAGAAUGGAACGUGCGUUCCGUGUGAGGCGAACUGCGCUAGCUGCCAAGAUCGUCCCGAUCACUGUACAAGUUGCGAACAUCACCUGGUCAUGCAUGAAAAUAAAUGUUACGCCGCGUGCCCUCGGUACACCUACGAGACAAUGGACUACAACUGUGCGCCCUGUCAUUCCAGCUGCGAAACAUGCAACGGCACAGGUCCUUCUCAAUGUAUCAGCUGCCGACCUGGACUCGAAUUCUCCGAAGGGGCCUGUCGUACUUCCUGCCCAACUGGCUAUAGCGCUGAUAAAAAACGGCGAGAGUGUAUCCUGUGCCCCACGGGUUGCCAAGACUGCUCAUCGACAAGAUGUUUCACUUGUAGCCCCGAUUGGAAUUUGGACAGUAGCGGUGUUUGCUAUCCAUCGACUCGCGCGAGGUGUGACAGUAUGGAAUACUUCGACAGUGGACGUUGCAAGCGGUGUCAUUCAACCUGCGAAAGUUGCUCUGGAGCAACACGAGACUCAUGCAUCACUUGUCAAGAAACGCUGUUUCUUCAAGGUAAAAAAUGUGUUUCACAGUGCGAGGAUGGGUUCUAUUCCAUUACGCAACCCGCGAACAGGGCACUCUGCGUUCCCUGUCUUCACACCUGUAAGACCUGUGCGUCGAGAUUGAACUGCACCACUUGUCAAGACAAUCUACAGCUACAAAGUGGCGAGUGCAGAUCUUCGUGCGCUGAGGGGUAUUACAGUGAUCGUGGCCAAUGUGCCAAGUGUUAUCUCUCUUGCAAAACCUGCUCAGGACCGAGAAGAGAUCAAUGCGUGACGUGUCCGAAGGGGUGGCAGUUGGCGGCAGGAGAAUGUCAUCCGGAGUGCCCAGAAGGUUUCUUCAAAUCGAACUUUGGCUGUCAGAAAUGCCACCAUUACUGCAAGACAUGCAGAGGUGAAGGGCCGCUCGAGUGCACAUCCUGUCCCGCACAUUCGAUGUUGGAGGGAGGGCUUUGCAUGGAAUGUCUCGGAGCUCAAUAUUACGACUCCCUAACUCAGCUCUGCAAGACCUGCCACCCAAGCUGCCAAAGGUGUACUGGACCAGGUAAAUUCAGUUGCUUGGCAUGUGCAGCUCCACUGCACCUGGACAAACUCAACAACCAAUGUGUUCCUUGUUGUGCACCGACUGUCACUAAUCCUGAAGAACAAGACUGCUGCUUAUGCGACCCCGAAACAGAGGGUUGCAGGAAUAGCUCACCUGCUGGAAAGAGGAGGGUUCCCGGUACAGAGUUUUCACGUGAUGGCUCCGGAGCUCAGGGACUUUCUAGCAGCAUCGGUAGAUCCAGAGAUUCUGCAUCUUUAGCGGUCACGGCAGCCACCGCAGUUGCAGUUGCCAUUUGCUUAGCAUCGAUCGCCUUGUUUGCUGCGAUAUUCGUAGCGCUGCAGGCUUUGUCGCGGAGAAGAGACUCGACACUCGGAUACACAAAACUCGCUGUGCGGGUUGAACCAUUAGACGACAUUGAUGCGGAUGACACCACCGAGCUGAUGACCUAGGUCUAAGGUUUACCACAGCCGCUAGUAGACCUCUGUCGAAGUAUUCCAGAGAGGGUUUCAUGGCCCUGACCUGCAGACUUUUGAAGUCUCUAUCUGUCCAGUGCGUGACGGGAUACAUAGUGAUCGGAUCUAGCGAUCUAGCGAGUGAGGCUUAAAUAAUAGUUAUUCGAGCGUGUCUAUUAUAAUCGUAGAUGAACGACUGGAUGUAUUUUUACCAAUUGACCGUUCGUAAUGAUUAAUUAGCCGAGUAACUUGAUCUGGAUAUUUAAAAUAUGAACAAAAUGUACGAAAGAAAGAAUGAAUGAAAGAAUGAAUAGAAGAAAAAUGGUGUGGUGUGUGCGACUGUGAUUCGUAAUCAGGAGUAUUCACAAAUAUGCAUGCAUAUAGUAAAUUUAGAUUUAUGAAAAUGAGAAAUUGGUGCGUGUUGUUCUGUUCUAUAGUGUGGACUCAACGAAGGACCUCGGAAGAGUGAUAAAAUGGUUGAAAAGUGCCUGAAUAGUGGUCCCUCUCUAACCCCUAGCCCUUCCCUCUGUCGUUCGAUUUAUUUGCUGUUUUCCGGAAAAGAGAUUCCAAGAUUGCUCCCGACUAUUAACUGAUGCAUCGAAGAAUCUCAGGAAGUAGUGGCGACGAUUGCGUGAUAUUGCGUUUGCUCUUCGGUUGGUGGUAAAGAAAUAUGCGUAUCAAAACCACUUAUCAAAAUAUCCAAUCGUUUUUAUAAACGUUCUAGGCCGCGAAUUACUGCAAAUCCGUACACCUAGUUACCUAACUGCGGUUAACGCAGCUUAACUAUUGUCGUUAAAUGUUUGACACAUGUGGCAAAAAAAGAAAAAAAAAUGUGAAUAGAAAAGCGUUAUCGCGGUAUCUAAAAUUUUAGUACAUUUUGGAAAUUCAUUAGCGACUUUAUCGAAUACAACUACACAUUGUCCCCGUGUUCUCAAUUCAUUAUUACCCAGUUACGCGAUGUGAUUUUAAUAUCAUAUUAUAAUAAGAAUCUUCUCCAUCCGUUUUAUAGGUUUUGUAAUUAUUUGUUAUUAUUUGAUUGUCUACGUGUUUUGUUUAAUAAUUCCCUUACUUUUCUCCAUUGUUCUUUUUCAAUCUAAACUCCUUGCAUGACACCAAUUUUUUACCAUUUUUGGUGUUCUGUACGGAAGGUUACAACCACAAAAAAAUACAAAAAAAAGCAACAAAAUACAAACGAAUAAAAAACAUUGUAUUGUAAUCUACUAUUCUUAACACUGUAACCAACGCAUGACGUGAAUAUUCAAUUUCCCCUCAUGAUUUGAUAUAAUAUUAUUAUUAUUAUUGUACUUUUAUGAUGAAAAGAAUUAUAAGAAUAUAAAUUAAUUACGGAA